GAGACCGUGGAGUGGAACCGCAACUCGUCAAGUGCUGCUGACACCGAGGAGAGAUGGGAGAUAUGGGAGAGAUCAUGAGAUUAAAACAUAAGAUAUAAGAGGAACAUGAAGAGGAAGAACAGCGACAACACCAGCUGAUUGACACAGGUCUUCUCUCUAUACCGACGUGCGAUUUCCAGUGUCGGUUUGAGCAUUCUACAAAUGCAUCGCUAGGUGGCGAAUAAUGAAUUUUUCAAUAAAAAAUUUAAAUACUGAAAUUUGUGAAUUCUUAAAUACUUCAUUACACUUCCAAUUUUCGUUUCAUAACAGUUUUCUUAUAUUUUCGCUUGUAAUCGGUUCUUAGAUAGGUAAGAUACGUGAAAUUUCUAGAAAAUCUACUGUGCUCCGGUGCGAACACGGCAAACAUGUAAGAAGAACACGCGCAGUCGCAGGGGUUAGGUGAUAUUGGUCCGUCGAGAGGAGGAGGAUGGGUCGCAGUGUUGCGUAGUAGGAAGUAGGAAGGAAGGUUGUUUCAUUGGUAACAGGAUCUGUUUUUUAAAUCUUAUGAGAGGAGACGAUACGAUGACGAGUGAUACCGGUUCACGUUUUCGCGUGCGCUGCGUAAACACGUCAAUUGAAAAUGUCAGGACUAAGUGUACGAGCGGUGACAAUGAAUUGUGAUCCUAGUAGUUGUCCUCGUUCGAUCAAAAAAUCCUUGUCGGGCAUUGUCCGUUCCUUUCCUGGUUGUUGUUCACGUUGCUACUCGAUAACACCGAUCUAUCGACACGGUCGACCGUGGAAUGGCAGCAGCUUUAAAAAAAAAUCAUUCACGCAGAAGGUUGGCCGCGCUAACAUUCCUCUCGAACAUCUCCCUCGAUGGCAGUCACCGCGACACUAAGCUAGCUGUUUUAUCGCGGACCGGUGUUGCCCACACACGUACGUUGAGCGACAGUCAAGCUCAUCGGGUACGAGAUGUUCAUCAGAACGAUUUGAAUGCUUCUACUGAGGAGGUUCUUGACGAUUGUAAAGAAGAGCAUUCAGUACCCUCGUCUGUGAAGCAAACGAGCUCGCCACAAUUAGUGCCAAAAAGUGGGGAACAUAAUUCAUUUAGUUCAAAUUCUGAUGGAUUGUUGACUCCCGCGAAAGCAGCAGUAGCUGUAUUCCUGGAGCAAGAAAGAAAUUAUCCACAGCUUCCUACUGGAUUUCAUAGUUCAUUCAGAGAACGUACUGGCACAACUGGCAGCGAAUAUUCAUUACCCGAAAGACGAGUGGGUUCUUUACAAUAUAAGAAGCGAAUAACUCAUCAAACUUCUACACUUUCUGAGGACAUAAAGCAUCAGUAUAACAGUUCCAAUGAGAGUAUUGGUUCUCUACGUUCCAAACCAUCAUCAAAGUCGAAAGCAAAAGCGUCAAAUAAUGUGCAAUCCGGUUCUGCGAACAGCGGCAUAAUACCAGAAGUUACAAAGGAGUUACGUUUAAUGCAACGCCCAGUGAAUGGCUACAAAUUCGGAGAUGAUAGACUGGUAUUGGUGUCUAAUAAACGUGUGCCAUUCUUAGUAUUCUCUGCUCUUCCAUAUAACAAAGGGCAGAGAUCUAGUUGGUCAGAGUUACGUAAGGAUACAGGGCGACGGAAAAAUAUUGUUUCACAAAGACCAUUGUCGGCGAUCAAUGAUAACAUUGACCCUUUCGGUUUAUUGGGUAUAGAACGUGCCAAAGACGGCCAGGAAAUAUCAUAUGGACAACUGCUUGUUCCAUCUAGGCAGUUUCAGAAGGAGAAAAAAUUACAUUUUAGCGAUAAUGAUACGAUAGAAUUGAUACCUAACAAGCAUCCUGUAGUUUCAAGGACAAAAACUAUUACAUGGAACGUGGAUCACUCUAAAUGGUGUCUAUCAUAUGACACAGCGACACACCGUGCUCAACAUGUAACGCCCGAGUCUCCACCGUUAUCUUUUACUGCUGAUUCUAAAGCUUACGAUUGGGACGAGCAAUCGUUACAAUACAAUCCCAAUUUAUUAGAUGACCCAGAACUUAUAGCUGGAAAGCAUAGAACACUGCUCACGUUUACGUCCUACAUGGCAUCGGUAAUCGAUUAUGUAAGACCAUCCGAUUUGAAGAAAGAAUUGAAUGACAAGUUUAAGGAAAAAUUCCCGCAUAUACAACUUACUUUGAGUAAGUUAAGGAGCUUGAAACGAGAGAUGAGGAAAAUAGCAAAACUGGAAUACGGUGUUGAUCUAUUAACAGUGGCAAUGGCUUACGUAUAUUUCGAGAAGCUGAUACUUCGCAAUAUUGUCACGAAGCAAACACGAAAAUUGUGUGCUGGUGCAUGUUUACUUCUUGCAGCUAAAUUGAAUGAUGUUAAGGGUGAUGUUCUUAAAUCGUUAAUAGAGAGAAUUGAAAGUGUAUUUCGUUUAAAUCGCAAGGAUUUAAUUACAUCUGAAUUCGCUGUUCUGGUGGCCUUAGAAUUUGGUUUACAUCUCCCUACGUGGGAAAUAUUCCCUCAUUAUCAGAGAUUGAUAUAUGAAUCUUGACCUUCUUUUGUGACGUUUCUCUUACGUAGGCCCAGAACAUUCUCUUCGUGAAAUUAAAUUCCGGAAACAGUUACGAAUAGUACAAGGAAGCAAUUUUUUGUUUGUACAAAACAACGUACAAAAUUACGGGCAACAAUGGAGAAGAGUUCGAAAUUGAACAGAUUCUAUAGUUGCUAUUAAGAAAGUUAUUAUUCCCCGAGGUCUUAGAAAUUUUCUACUAGAAAACAAUAUAUCGGUCAUAACAGUCAUAAGCUGUAUGGUAGGUAAGAAAAAUUACCGGGAAAUAUAUCGAACUACUACAUCUCUCCUUACAUGAGUAUACUAGGUAGGUGAGCUUUAUAUUGUUAUUAAGUUCUGUCAUGAUAAACGUUGUUUAAUGUUUCGUGUAAAUUUGUAAGCACGCGUGUAUUUAACUGAAUUAAUAAUGCAAAACAGUGGCAAGUGGUCAAUCGGUAAGACUAAGACAUUGUAAACAUCGCAGGGACUACAGUGUGUAUACAGUUUUUAUAUACUGUCGACAGUCCGAUAUGUUCAAAUCACUUAUUUUAAAUAGAUACAUAAUUUUUAAUUUAGUUUCGAUGUGAUUGUAAAGUUAUAUGAUGUACAGUACUUAGUAUAAUCGACUCCUGUUUAACCGUACUAUACAUACAUGGAAGGAACGUUGUUGAAUAUGAAGUAAUAUAUUAUAUUCAAGUCUCAUAUAGAGAAAGUGAUAAAUACGAACGAUAGGGUCAAUACAAAUAGAGGUUUCUCAGAUUCUUAAGAACAGCAGUUACAGAGAUUUAAUUAUGUAAAUUUGCUUCCUAUCAAUUUUAUAAUGUACAAGUACAGGGAAGCUUCCGUGUUUUA